GGAGUUUUGCUCUUGUUGUCCAGGCUGGAGUGCAAUGGAACAAUCUCGGCUCACGGCAACCUCCGCCUCCUGGGUUCACGUGAUUCUCCUGCCUCAGCCUCUCAAGUAGCUGGGACUAUAGGCGCGUGCUACCAUACCCAUCUAAUUUUGUGGUUUUUUUUAGUAGAGACAGGGUUUCUCCAUGUUGGUCAGGCUGGUCUCGAAUUUCUGACCUUGGGUGAUCCGCCCGCCUCACCCUCCCAAAGUGCUGGGAUUACAGGCAUGAGCCACUGCGCCCGGCUGAGAAAUGGAUCUCUUAAUGGUACCUCUCAACUUCAUUAAGAGUGUUUGGAGAGGGUAGAUGCUUGCAUUGUUUCUGUUAGGAAGAAAUUGAGAGUUCCUUUGAAAGAAGCAUGAUCGUAGCAAAUGAAUUUAAUUUAUAUAUGCUCCAUCAGCACCAGGCUGCACGGUGACAUACUACAUCUGCAGUUUGAUUUUGGGACAACUUCCAUACUUGAAGGCUACCAGAAUGGAAAUAUAUUGAUUCUAACUAUCAUGGGCAAGCCUGUCUUUUGCCACAAUGUGUUGUUUGAAACCCAAUUGUUAAAAGGAUCAUUAUAAAGUAGGUUCUAGGAUUCCCAUAGUCACAGUCUCAUUCUGAGGAGUCGUGCUGUUGACCAAACACUUGAUUUCAUAUAAAUCAUGGCUGUGACUAAUAAGUCCUAAAAGAAAGAUGUGAAAACUAGAAACGUGAAACAGUUUGAAAUCAUAAAUGAUGCUUCUGUUGUCAGAGAGGUCUUGAGCUUGGAGAAGCCAUAGAAAUGAAGAGGUCAUCUAAUCAAGAUUCUUCAUUUUUGGUGAAUAAACCAACGCUUAGAUGUGUUAAAUCGCUUGCCCAAGACCACACAGCUAAUGAUUUGUAGAGUUGGAACCAAAACUCAUCCUGGAAUAAGGACCAUUAGUACACAGCCCACCUGAGGAUACUGACCAUAAGGACUCAUAUCUCAUUACAAGAAGCAUCAUGGCCGAGCCAGACUACAUAGAAGAUGACAAUCCUGAACUCAUUAGGCCUCAGAAACUGAUCAAUCCUGUAAAAACCUCCCGGAACCAUCAAGAUCUUCACAGAGAACUUCUUAUGAAUCAAAAAAGGGGUCUUGCUCCUCAGAACAAACCAGAAUUGCAGAAGGUGAUGGAAAAAAGAAAACGAGACCAAGUAAUAAAGCAGAAGGAAGAAGAAGCACAGAAGAAGAAAUCCGACUUGGAAAUAGAGCUAUUAAAACGGCAGCAGAAGUUGGAGCAGCUUGAACUUGAGAAGCAGAAAUUGCAAGAAGAGCAAGAAAAUGCCCCCGAGUUUGUGAAGGUGAAAGGCAAUCUCAGGAGAACAGGCCAAGAAGUCGCCCAAGCCCAGGAGUCCUAGGCUGAGGCUGCACCAAGACCUCGUGUGUCACCCCACAGCUGUCUGUGGGUGCCUUCUCAAUCUCAGGGCAAAAGCCCCUGGAGAAUGUUCCAGCCAGCAGAGAAUUUUGACUUGCAGUAGGAUUUGGUUUGAUUUUCCUACGAUCUGGGUGGAUGCCUUGCCUGUGACAGUUGCAGUUCCUAUUCGCCAAAUGAAGGGCAGUGCCCCGCACAUAAGUUGGAAUGGUGGACCUGUGUUCAGAGACUUAACAGAACCAACAAGCAAAACAAGUGAGAACAGGAAAAAGGAAGAGGACACUGGAAUCAAUUCUUGAGAGUUGCACUACUUGGUUUUUCUUCCAUUCCAAGUUUAGUGGGACCCAGAGCCUUUUUUCUUUUAAAAGCUAAAAAAAAAAUGUUUAAUUCCUCUUUUUGUUAUCUGUUAGAUAAUUGAGAUCACCUAGAAAUGCGUUUAAUCUGUUCACUCACUGUAAAUUUUGAGGACCCAGAAUUUUCUUGUUUAAUUUAUACUUUCACCCCUGUUGCAGUUAACACCGGAGAAGGAACGUGAAUGUCGAGCACAGCCACUACCCUUGUUGGCACUAAAUUUAGAAAUAGGGUGAGAAGUUUAAAAGCCCAUCUUGAUUUUAUUUUCAUUCCUUUUGGUUCUCUGUGUAAUAAUAGCAGGCUACAUAGUGACGUUCCAGUUCCAAGAAGGUACAUCCUGUCCAUUCAUUAAUUGCUUUGAUUACUAGGAGGGUUUCUGUUCAGUUUUGUUUUUAAAUGUCUUGCUGAUCUAGUUCUUUCAGGUGGAAUAACCUUCCAGUCCUUUAGAGAGUGGAACUAGUCCAUAUAACCCAGCUUCAGUAGCAAAAGUAGAAGCCGCCACAUAUUUUCAUUUCUCCAAGAGGAGUGUGGGGAAGGUUCCCAUGACCAGCUGGGCGGUCAGGAUUUCUCUAGGCGUUCUAAUGUGAAAUAAGUGUGGACUGCUCUCAAGGAGGCUUCAUCAGAAGAUGUAUAGCAUUUGAAUGUCUAAUGAUAAUGAAUAUCAUUAGAAUCCAAGCUUUGAAAAUUUCUGAUUAAUGCUCAUAUAUUUCUUUAUCUUUGUUUUUUCUUGUGAAGAAAGACUUUCACCACUGUCUGAGUGAUGAUGCUGUUGAUAAGGAUGAUGUCGAUGACUACUAUAUUGCAUCUCUCAGGAACAGCUGAUGGGAAGGGAGGGGCUGCUGAGUUCCCUUGUUCUAGCUAGCAGCACGCUCCUCAGAGAGGGGGCCGAGUUACAGACAGCAGCCGCAUUCUCAUGCAACAUUAGUUUUAAACUGCUAGUGUGGGCAUCGGUACCUUUUGCCUGGGUGGUACCGAAGAAUUGUUGAGGAUUUAGUAUGCUCCGUAGAGACAGUUCAGCCAGUCAUUUCUGCAUUGGAGAGACUUCUCAUACUUUCUUUGAAGACUCUUAGAAAGCUGGAUCCAGAGCUUUUGAAUCCUUAAUUAGCAUAGUAGAAAUUAGCUUUCUAUGGGAAUGCUUUAGUGUUAGCAGUUGACAAUUAGGCCCAUAUUCAAUCUGAAUGGGAACAAAAGUAAAUGCAAUGAUAAUAUACUGCUAGUUAGAGAAACAUGUUAGUUGAUUAUACCUGAAAUGGAUUAUUUAUCUCAUCAGCAAGUAUUAUUUGAAUAAAAUGAGAAAUGCUUAAGAAAAGUUGUUGCUCUAUAGUAAUUUGGUUUCGAAGAAUGGAAUGGUAACUAUUUUUUUCCAUCGUUCUUUUGAGAGAAGGAAGUGUGAUGACUGAUGAUCUUGAAAAGCCCAUUUCUGAUUGCACAUUGACUGCAAUUCUUUCUUUGUGUCUGUGGACUAGCGAUGCUGUUUGUAAAAUGAAGAUUCGGGACUGGCUCAUAUCUUUUUAUCUAACUAGAUGUCAGAUCUUGAAAUCUGUAUUCUCAAAGCAAUUCUGCCACUUGAUCGUAUUCACAAGGGCCCUGGUAGGCUCCUUUAGAAGGACCAAUUCUGUUCCUAGAGCUUAACUAGAAUUCAUUCUUCACUGAAAAAAAAAAAAGUUACUUAAGAAAGCAUUUCUUUCCUAAUCUCAUUCAAAUCUGCAGAAUUAUUAGUAAUUAGUAAUACAAAAUCUGGCCAAAAGGAGACUUGUAAAUAGCGUAAAGUGGUGUCUUAUGCUAAACGGUGGAAUGUAUAGGCAGAGAAGCUCUUUGAAGUUGUCAGUUGAGCUGGGCUCACAAGCCUGAUUCAAACAGGCUGUCAGUCUCCUCUCACCCCUUAAUACUGUGCAGCCCAAACUCCUAGGACUCUUGAACAUCUGAGCAGUUUUGUGCUUUGAGCCACUUUUUGACAAAAAUGGCUCCAUUUUUCCACAGCGUGGUUUUCUUAAAAUAGUUUAAUGUUUUAUAGUCUCAUAGUAGUAGUGUUGCUUUCUAAGCUAUAACAGUCAACUUUAUUCUUCUACUCUGAAAAAUCUUGACUUGUUUGAGUGUAUAUAAUAUAUAUAAAGGGAGCCUUAAUGGAUUGGUUUUCAUAAUUUAAUAUUUUUUGUAUUUGCUCUUGUAUAAUUGUUUUUAACGGAAAGUAUUAAAGAAUUGAGGGUGGAAUUCUUAGAACCAAAGUUAUUCUUAAUAAAAAUCACCACAUGCUUGGACCAUGCAA